AUGCGCCAGUUCGCGGUGUCCACGCCUCAUAUCAUCUAUGCCGCCCUGGGCGGGUUUGUGGUCUUUUUCGGCAUGUUCUCGCUAUUCAUUCGGGAGAAGCUUUACAUUGGAGAAGCAUGCUGGGCAUUCUUGUUCGGUGUAGUCAUUGUAGGUCCCUAUGGUGCAAACAUCUUCAACCCGCGCGACUGGGGCGGAGGCAACACUGACACCACGAAUACUAUUGUGCUUGAGUUCACUCGAGUAGUCCUCGCCAUCGGUGUCUUCGCGAUAGGCGUCGAACUACCCAAGGCCUAUAUGGCCCGCCAUUGGAAGAGCCUGUUCUUCCUUCUCUUCCCUGUCAUGACAUGGGGCUGGUUUGUGUCAGCUGGCCUCAUUUACGCCUUCAUCCCUGGACUCAACUUCCUCUCAUCGUUAGCAGUUGCAGCAUGUCUUACCCCAACCGAUCCCAUUCUUGCCGCGGCAGUCGUGGGCGGUAAAUAUGCAGACAAGCACGUGCCCGCGCACUUGCGACAUUUACUCUUCGCGGAGAGCGGCUGCAACGAUGGUGCUGCCUUUCCUUUCCUGUACAUCGCUCUCUACCUCACCAUCGACAAAUCGACUGGGAGAGCUAUUUCCAAUUGGUUCAUCUUUCUGUGGCUAUAUCAGGUCAUUCUGGGCAUAGUGUUCGGUGCUAUCAUCGGGUUCGGCUUCCGGCACCUCAUGAAGUUUUGUGAACGGAAAGACCUGGUUGACAGGCAAUCCUACGUCGCACAAUAUGUCUCGCUUGCCAUGCUCACCAUCGGCGCCAACACGCUACUUGGAUCAGACGAUUUGCUCGCCGCCUUCUCAUGCGGCACCGCGUUCGCGUGGGACGGGUUCUUUAACAAGCAGACUGAACAGUCGGUGUUCUCGUCUGUGAUCGAUCUUCUAUUCAACAUCGCUGCAUUUGUCUUCGUCGGUGCUUGGAUGCCUUUCGGAGACUUCUCCGAUUCGGCGCUGACGCUCAGCGUGUGGAGGCUGAUUGUUAUAGCCGUCUUGGUAAUACUACUAAGAAGAUUGCCCGUCAUGAUUGCGCUAUUCAAGUGGAUACCGGAUGUUAAGACACUGCGAGAAGCGUUCUUCAGUGGUCACUUUGGACCUAUGGGAAUCGGUGCUAUCUUCAUAUCGACUCUUGCUGCACAGCAACUAGAACGACCGCAGGAUCCUCCUGCGAACCAGGAACAGCUCCUUGCCGCGUCUAUUCAGCCUAUCGUCGCCUUUAUGGUACUUUGCUCCAUCGCUAUUCACGGCUUAUCCAUCCCCUUCUUCUCGCUCGGAAGACGUGUGCACUCAGUUUCCCGUACCUGGUCACGUCAUGAUACUUUUGGCACAUUCUCAGGAAGACAACUCCCCGAAUGGACGACGCAUACCAGGCGUGUCAUCCCUGGAGAGGAUAUCGUCAUUAAUCGUGAUAGGGCGAUGGAGGAAGGUGCUUUGGCACCGGAUGAGAAACGCGCACAGUCCGAACGCACGGAUGGUAGUAUGACACCGGACAAAGAAGGCACCUCAUCUCAGUCGCAGGAUGAGGCGACGAGACCUGAUGGUACUGAUAUGCGCGAUGAGAAUCCGCCUGACGGGGAUGAGACCCUUCAAGAAUGGCAGGAAGGACCGGAUCGAGUUGUCGAAAGACGUCGCGGCCCUGGGGAAGAGGUGAGUUUGUGA